AGCCUCCUCCUCUCCCCUCAAAUCCUUGAAGCAGCCAAGGAGCAGGGCCCAGCACAGGGGAUGGUGGUGGGAGAAGCUGCACACAAGCACUGAGCAGCUGAUGCUGGGUGCUGCCCUCCCACUCCUCGUGCCCAGGCUGGCUCCCAGCUCGGCCGAGUGACGCUCCAGGGCCAGCAGCACCUGCUGAGGAACCAGACAGCCGUGGUGGACAAGGCCAGGAGCACCGUCACCUACCACGUCACCUCGCAGAGCAACCUGAGCGCCGCGGUGCUGUACGACAGCAGGAACGGCUACGUGUGCUACAAGCCGCUGGAGCAGCGAGCCUGCUACCUGAGGAGGAUGGAGCCCUGGGACCUGCAGACAGCUCUCAACACCUCUGAGCACCCCGCUGAGCAGCUGCUACAGCACCACAACCAGACCAAGUUCUACCAGGAGUUCCUGGGCAUUGUGGCAGGGGAGCAGGUGGAGCCCGGGGGCCUGGGGGAGGCCGUGCAGGCCCUGUGUGAGCACACAUCCAUCUUCUGGGUGCGGAGAGGCCAGGGGCCGGGGAGGCAGCGCCUCAUCUACCUGUGCAUCGACAUCUGCUUCCCCAGCAACAUCUGUGUCUCCAUCUGCUUCUAUUACCUGCCCGAGUAAGUGCUGCAGCCACGGCCACCCUCUCUGCCCUCAUACUUGAACUGGAUUCCUGAAAACCUCUGACUUCCACGAGGGAGCACCUACAACAUCCGCAGAGCUUCCUGCUGAUUGCAUGCUGCAGGUCAGGAGAGUUUAGAGAAACAGGAGGCCUCUGCUCAGCACUGUCAGCACAGACACUGCAGCUCUGCCCCAGGGCUGCACCUCCUCCGUAGGAAUUACGAGACCCAGGCCUGGAGGAGUCCUGGGGAGCAGCUGGAGUUUUGGGGCUCCAGGCUCUGUCCAACACAAGCUGGUUGUUGUUACA